GGAUGCGGCUCUGUGCCAAGCUGAAACCUUGAGCCAGCAGCUCAAACUGUCCUACGCUUUCCAACCAAGUAAUACCAAAGUAGUGCAGUUGGGGGCGCCCUCGUUCAUCAGCGUCUGGCAACACUUUUGUGAAGAUGGAGGAAAAGCCUUUCCUGAAGUCUGUCAGUACAGAGAUGGGGGUUAAUCAUCUGAGAACAGUUAAAGAUGACCAGCAGCUGCCAGUCAUCAAAGAAGAGCUUUCCCCUGUCCACCAGGAUUGGAGACUCACUGUGAACAAUGAAGAGACUGAGCAUCCUCAUGUUAAGGUUGAAGAGGAGGAAUUUGCCAUCAAACAGGAGGAGACUGAUAUCAUUGCUGUCAUAGUGAAAGGUGAAGAUGAUGAAGAGAUACCAGACUUCUUGCAGCUUGAUCACGAGAAAGACACUGAGGACAACAGAGAUGACUAUGGAGCGGCAGAAACAGCUACAUACUCAGGUCACUUCAGACCUGACGCUGAGGAACGGACAGGAGUCUCAUCUGAGACUGAAGACAGUGAAGAUGAGUUGGCGUCCAACAGUGGACCACCAAGUUUAAGGAUAGUACAAAAUAAAACACUGUCCAGUGAUGUGGAUGGUAAAGGUAGCAAGAAACUUAGCUGCUCUGAAUGUGGUAAAGGCUUUGCCUAUAAGUCACUUCUACUGAUACAUGAGAAAGUUCACAUUGGAGAAAAAUCCUUUAGUUGUGAGAAGUGUGGGAAAGGAUUCAUCCUCAAGAGCUCUUUAAGGAAACAUGAGAGAAUUCAUACAGGGGAGAAACCAUUCUGUUGCUCUGAGUGUGGCAAAAGAUAUACCGAUAAGAGCACGCUAAAGACACACCAGACAAUUCAUACAGGAGAAAAACCAUUUUGUUGCUCCCAGUGUGGAAACAGCUUCAUUACAAAGAGCAAUUUAAAGAUACACGAGAAGCUUCAUACAGGAGAAAAACCAUUUAGUUGCUCUGAAUGUGGUAAAAGAUUUUCCCAAAAGUGUGACUUAAGUAGACAUGAACGAAUUCAUACUGGAGAGAAACCUUUUUCCUGCUCCGAAUGUGGCAAAAGAUACACUGAAAAAGGGUCCCUAAAGGUACACAAAAGAACUCAUACAGGAGAGAAACCCUAUAGUUGCUCCAAGUGUGGUAAAAGGUUAUCUAGAAGGAGUGAUCUAAAGAUACACGAGAAGCUUCACACAGGAGAGAAACCAUUUGUUUGUUCUGAAUGUGGAAAAAGAUUUAUCCAAAAGAGUGAUCUUCGAAGACAUGAGAAAAUUCAUACAGGAGAGAAACCAUUUAGUUGUUACAAAUGUGGGAAAAGGUUUAUCGAAAAGUGCAACCUAAAGACACACGAGAAAAAACAUGAACAGAAUCCUUUUCACUGCUUUGCAUGUGGUAAAAUGUUUAGACAAAAGAAUGAUUUGGUGAUGCACGAGGUCACACACAUUGGAAAGUAAGCUUUUGUUGGCAUUGUAACCAAAUUAAAGGCCAUUGUGGUUACAACUAAGUGUAUUUGUAUAGGAGUAAAAAUGGCAAAUGUCAUGGGGAGAGAAAAUUAAGAAAACAAAGUAGUUGGAGCAGGCACUCCAUACUGUUUACACUCUAGUGUUGUGCAAACAUGCAUUCUGACUGAAAGCAUGUCUUUUCAUGCUGGAUUUAUGUUACUGUGUAUUUAAGAACAUUGAGGUUUGUGGGGCUAAAUGUGAAAACAUUCUGAAUCUGUCUCCAAACAUUUUGACUUACCCUUGAACAUGUCAUGUCCCCUGCUCAUGUCCAAGUGAUCACUGGGAUUCAAAAGGCUAAUGGGAACAUUCUGAUUGGCCAACUCUGUUUUCCUUACCUGAACUUGGUUAACAAACAUUUCAAAUUCCCGUUUGCCGGAUUGACAUUUCUCUAUACAUCUGACUCUGAAUAAUGCUAAAUUAUUCAGCGAGACAUUUCCCUGUACUGCUGAGUCAAAUAUUGUUUUACAUUGGUUAUUCUUAUAGCAACACAACAGAAUAUGCGUAUGUGAGGGUAUUUAUGAGUAUAUGUUUGUGUUUAAUUCUGAUUUAUGCUGGUCAGAUAUUUGAUCGUAAUUGGUGAUGCUAUCAUCAAUUAAUAUACAGUAAUUGUAAUUUAUAUAUUGUAUAUUGUAAAUAAUCUUACAUUUUACCACUGUCCUGGUAUUGUUCAUAAGAGUGAACUCUGGUUUUCCUGGAAAACAACCCAUUGGAAAACAACACUUUAAGGCAACUUUUGAAUCCUUACUUAAUAUUACUUUCUGACGUACCUAUUUAAAAUGCACAUAGAUUUUAUAUAGGUACUUAACUGCUUUAAUUAAUGUAACAUAAGCAGCCAGAGGUAAUGAGAACUAUACUUGAAAAUGUAUUUUUCAACACACCUUUGAAAUGUUGCAAAUGUGGUUGCAGCAUUAUUCAAUUUUAAUAAAUUAAUUUGUUC